AUCACCGAUCCACGUUUACACUGAUCGUUUUGAGCAGGCAGAGUGAAUUUAAAAUUAAAAAAAAAAAACAGAAUCAGGAGGGAGAGAAUUGUGAAGAAAGAGAGAAAUCGCAUGAAUUUGUUUGGAAGCCUGAUCUUUUCAUCAUCGAUAUCGAGCCACUUUACGACUUGUCUUCUUAUCUUCAUCCUUCAUUUUUCUCCACAGCUCCCUUCUAAUAGUAAUAAUAAUAAUAAUAGUAAUCUUAAUUCUAAUCGUUUGAUCAAUUGAAAAAAAAUCAUGGAGUCGAGGAAAAACUCUGAUCGUCAAAUCCGUAGAGCUAAUUGCUUUUCAGCUGGUGGGAGGAUGAAGACAAGGUCACCGUCUGUGAUAGUGAUUGGAGGUGGUUUUGGUGGAAUCUCUGCUGCUCGUACUCUUCAAGACGCUUCCUUUCAG